AUGAAUUUCUAUCCCAGUCCGCCAGUCAUACAAGCCGAGAUCCUUGUCCGCAUCCCGGAUUUUUUACGAUGCACCGGGCAACCCACAGACUGGAAAGGUGGAUCGGCACUCCCGGCAUCGGAUAUCUUCCUAGAGGGUCCGACAUACAUGGAUAAUGGGGACCUCUACGUGACUGAUAUUCCAUACGGUCGGAUAUUGAAGAUUGAUUCGCAGAAUCAAGUGACGGAAUGUGUGCGGUAUGAUGGUGAACCCAAUGGGAUCGCUGUUAGAGACGAUGGGUGCAUGUUGGUCGCCGACUAUAAGCAGGGUUUGCUUCUAUUUGAUCCUUCAGAAGGAAAAAUAUCGCCCUUCUUGACUCGCCGAAACCUCGAACGCUUCAAAGGCCCGAAUGAUCUGGUGAUUUCGUCCAAGAAUGAAGUCUAUUUCACCGAUCAAGGCCAGACAGGCAUGACAGACCCAACAGGUCGUGUUUAUCGGCUUUCUCCGGACGGACGGCUCGACUGUCUCGUGGAAAAUGGCGUCUCACCCAACGGAAUUGUUCUAUCCCCAGACGAACGGUUUCUAUACGUGGCCAUGACUCGGUCCAACGCCGUGUGGAGACUUCCCCUCAAUGUGGAUGGAAGCACGACAAAAGCAGGAUGUUUCUUUCAAUCCUUUGGCUGUGCCGGUCCUGAUGGGCUAGCUGUUGAUGAAGAGGGUUCAUUAUUCAUUUGUCAUCCUAGUCUUGGGUCAGUUUUUGUCGUUGAUGCGGAUGGGGUUCCGAAGGCGAGGAUCGUUACUGCGGCCGGAGGUGGGAAGAACUUGACAAAUUGUACCUUUGGGGGCGAGGAUGGGAAGACUAUCUUUAUUACUGAUAGUAUUCAGGGGAAUGUGCAAGUUGUGAGGUGGCAUUGUCGGGGUGCCGUGAGAGCUAAAUAG